GACACACAUAGCAAAAUACAUACACUUAACAUACAUAUACUUUCAUGAUAGGUAUUCUUUUUGAUUUUUUACUUGGCUAAAUUCAACAAAGCACGCUUUUCCUAAUGUAGCAGCCAGCACAUAAAAAUAAUAUAAAACACACAAAGAACCGCAGCAAGAAGACACAUCCAUAAGUGAACGUGUGGUUGUGUGUGUGUGUGUGUGUAUCGACAACUGUGUGUGUUUGCGUGUGUGCGUUUUUGAUGGGGCGCUUCUAACGUUGUGGUUUCAUUUUGGCAUUUGGCAAAGCGCAAAAUUCAUUCUUAUAGAAAACGAAAAACAGAACAAAAAAAAAACGAAACGAAACGAAUAGAAAACACCAAACUAAACUAAAACUCUAAACUGAUCUGAAGUGAGCUGCACAAAGCAAAACCCCAACUUCAUCUCCCCACUCCCCUAAUUCGCAGUUUUAACCCAAAACUAAACCGAAAAACCAGCAACAGAAACAAAAACAAAACAAGAGCAAAAGCAGCGGCAGCAGCUGAAAUUGUUAACCUUUUGGGGAUAUCAAGCAUUUACGAUUCGCAACCAAACCAACAGCCAACAGCCAACAACCAAGCAGGCCAAGCAGACAGACAGCCAAAGGCGGCAGCAGCAGCAGCAUUUAAGUUUUUAUCAGAACAAAAUAAAGUUUUGCUGAAUCCGUACAGUGCCAUCAACCAACAACAAGCAAGGAAAAAAAUAAAGAAACAACAACUGAAGGAGCUAAGCAGAAGCCACAAGUGCGCGAAGUGCCCAAAGGACGCUCGAGGACUUAAAGCACAAUUUCUACUUCUUCAUUUUCAUCCAUUCUUAUUCGACUUAUUUCUUUCUUCUGCUGUUGCUUUGCUUGGACAAAGUUUUGUAUCCCUUUCAAUUUGAUUUCUGUCGGAGUACUUUCAAAAGGAUUUAAGCAGCAGUAGCCCAGUCUUCACAAUGAGCAAUCGCAAGCAUCGAAUUGACCCCCAAAUUGCGUCGCCCUCUCGCUCCCGUUCCCGCUCCCAAUCCCAAGCCAAGGGGAAACAUUUCAGCAGGUCCAAGACUAAUAAUACAACAGCAACUAAUGCUCGACUAACUGGCCUCGAAGACCUCGCGCAGUUCGACAAUGAUGGCAUGCCUUUUAUACUUGUGGAUGCCAUGUGCACGAGGAAUCGCCAGCAACUGAAUCUGGCGUUGACCAAGUGCGAGAAGCGACGCAUGAAGUGGAUACAACGGAAAUGCUGUGUGCUGCCCCUGCUGAAGUACAUGAAGCCAGCGAUGCGGGCAGAGCCGACGACUCCCGAAGAGAAGGAUGCCAGAGCUCAGCUCGAGUUCGACGAGGAUCUCAAGCAACUUUGCAUCACGGAGCUAACGGAGGAAGAGAAUUAUCAUAGAGAAGGAACGCAGACGCCUCUCGGACAUUCUGCGAGUUCCGAAAAUCUAUUACAAAAUACUCCUAGGCUCAAGGAAAUAUGUUCACAGUUGGAGGAACUACGCCUCAAGCAAAUGGAGGAAUCUCCAAAGCUGAGUUCACCUCUAAUGCAAUGCGAUCGACCCAAGUUCUUGCGUCAAGGCACAUUCGAUGUGAAACGCGAUGAUCGGCUGUCCAGAACUCCUUUUGGCGGCUCAAAGAGCAGCUGCCUCGUCCAUCCCAUUAGCAACUCGAGGGACAGCUCCAUAGGUGACAGACAACUGAUGCAACCUCGGCUUAGCAAUUCACGUCCUAAAUUACACAAGAUGAAGAGCUCGACCUGCUUAUUCAAGAACAACUGCGAGUGGAGAAAGAGCUUUAGAGGAGAACAAUCUGUCUAUGUUCCCAGGGCAGACACUUUGCCAAGAGUCACCAACGCAAUCGGGGAUCUACAGCGGGAGAAACCACCAAACACUCCCAUGGUGGGCAGCUUAGAGAGCUUUGCUACUUGUGUAAAUAUUCGUGCUCUGCACGACAAUGCUCCAGAAAGAUAUCCUGCCAGGGUAUUGGAUGCUGAUCGAUCUCAAAUUCAAUCUUUAUCCAUUCAGCCCAAGUCGCGCAGCUUUCUCAGGUUGUUUAAGAAAGACAAAAACUGAUCGAAGGACGUCGAAAGGGAUUUCUCUAUAUUUAACUUGAAGACUGACUUUGAAUUCUUGCUGAUAAAAGUUUCCUCUUUACGGCAGCUUCUUUGGUGCUUGAUUCAUUUCUUUCGCACAAUAAAAGUAGAAAAUUGACAUUAA